AUGUUGUCUUCCGCUGGAUCGCUGCUUAUGCGGCGCGAUAACAUGCCAAAGCCUGAUCUUGGCUAUGAGCUUCAGCAACUCCCCGACUGGUCGAGAUUCGUAUUCCUCGCCAACUUCAUCCUCUUCCUCCCUGUCUUUGUUCUCAUCAACUACACCUUCGAAAAGGUCUUCCCCGUUCUCGCCAUCGUCGAAGAUGAGAAACCUCCCGCUUACGAACCUCUGCCCGUCGAGCCUCUCGCCAACGAUGACAUGCCCAAGCCCGCCUCUACUUCCUCUGUUCCCAUUGCUGGCCAGGGCCGUCCCGUUACGUCUUCUUUCCGAGCUACCUGGCGCCUACUCCGAUCUACUGGUGGUUUCCGCGCCAUCUUCCGUGGUCUGCCCUGCUUCAUCGCCCAGGCUGUCGUCACGGCCCUCAUCAACGGCAUCACCUAUACCGUCAUUCCUUAUUCCUUUGUUCUGUCCAACUUGAUCGGUUCUCUCGUCUGCGUUCAGCUCAGCGCCGCCUGGGUUCACAUCGUCAUUACGCCUCCUUCUCCUCUCAAGUUCUGGAGCCGUCUCCCUCCUUUCAAGACCACCUUCGCCGCCACCUGGAGACCUACUCUCAUCUUCUGGGCUGCCUCUCAGAUCGUCAACCUUGGCACUUUCGGUGUUCUCUACCUGUUUGGAGGUGACCAGACCACUGAGAUUCCUCAGCUCCAGGGUCUCGGCAGCGUUUUCGGCAUCCUCCUCGUCGCUGUCCUUCUCCAGGUCGCUAUUCAGAUUCCCGCCUACGUCGUUCUCGUUCGAGUCCAGGCCUCUCUUCUCCCCGCUGACGCCGACACCAUCAUUCCUUUCGACCGCUCUUUCAACGGCCGUAUCGAGCCCGUUGUUGUCGGUGGCCUCGGCUAUGCUACUGUUCGCGACGCCUGGUCCAGCUUCUCCAAGUCUGCCUGGCGCCGUAUUGUCAUGCUCAGCGUCAAGAUCGUCGCUGUCACCUUCGCUGCCCUCUGUGUCAUCUUCGCCGUUAUCAUCCCCCAGAUCAUUCUCUUGGCUGCCAUGGGAACCGACAACGGUGAUGGCAACCAGGACAUCAAGAUGUAA